CUCACGAACUUUCAGAUUUCCAGGACGGUAAAGAACGCAUUAUAGUUUUAAAGAUUCGAGCAUUCUCGAAAACGAAGAUUGAAGAACAACAAAGACUCAAAAAGAAUUUAGAAAAUAAAAAGAAAAAACCUAUUUAUACUGGUUACGAUGACGAAGAAUUUAAUUUUACUAUAAAGAAGAAAAAAGUAAGAAAGAAGGUUGCUGAUAAUGAUGACUUAUCUAGGAUGAGUGUUGAAGAAAUUGCCAGAAAUUUAACAAAUAUUAAGGAAGAGCCUUAUGAAGAUGAUAAGAUGCCUGGUGAAGGAUUAGUUAUUUCUGACAUAUCAGAAUUUGUUAAAUCGCUUAUCAUUGCUCCAAUAAUAAUCAAACCUGUUGAGAUUGAACCAAAGCCAAUUCAACUGUAG